AGUGGGAAUUGGGGCGCGGCGGCUGCGCUAAUGCUGCGCGGCGGCACUGUUGCGCUAAUUAUGGCGCGGCGGUGUCGAACGGGUGCGGAUUUUGACCCGCGUCAGGACGCGCUGGUGUAAUCGUUGUGUUGCGCGACCGAGGAGCUUCUGCCGGGCGCGUAGGCUGCUGUGCGCGACAAAACCCCUUUCUUGCUAGUGUGUCUUACGACCGCUAGCUAACUUUUGCUCUCCGGCAGAAGAGGUGUCUGUGCUCCUUGUCUACGCAUCUUCACGAGCCUAGACACUGCGGACACGCCCCUCGCAAUCACGCGCAGCGACUGUGCGAUUUUUGCAUCCAGCGGCGAGAUUUCUGCAAAGAUCCACAAGGCCACCCCCUGAGAAAUGACGGCGACCGACGACGAGGAGCCCGCUCCGACGAGCGGCGAGGACGCCAUGUUCAGGGCCAUGUUCGGCGACCUCAUGGCCGAGGCGCGCGCGGGCCGACUCACGCAGCGGGAGUUCCAGGCGGCGUGCAUGGCGCGCAUGAACGCGAUGCCGUGCAAUGCCAAUGACCCGCGCAACCCGGGGGGCGUGGACAACUCCGCCGCCGCCCGGGACGCGAUGCGCGUCGAGACGGACGAGGUCGUGGCCGUGCUCCACAAGUCGCGCCCCGACGCGCCGAUCCCGGAGAUUUCUGAAGAGUCGUUCGCGGCGCUCAACGCGAUCAUCUCGCUGCCCCCGUCGAACGCGCCGCAGCGCGCGCGAUGGCCGCGGGGCAUCGUCCUCGAUUCCGAUCCCGUCGCGACGUGCAAAAUUAUUAGAGACGCCGAGGGCACGCCGGCCGUGUGCCUGGCGUUCGACAGCGAGGACUGCGCGCGCGUCUGGUGCUGGAAGCUCAACUACGACGUCUUCUACGGCGAGGGCGCGGGCAUGCCGCACAUCCAGAACAUGGUGUCGACCAGUGCAAUUGCCACACCUUUCACGCGUCGAUGGCGUGGGGCUGACGCGAUCGAUCGUUCACGCACAGGACUACCAGGGUUUCCGCCUCACGGAGAACAUGAACCACUUCAUGAACUACUUCAUGCAGGGCUACCUCGUCGCCGACCCGGAGACGGGCAAGCUCAAGCUCCGCGACGGCGCCGACCGCGAGGGCCACUUCGAGGACAACCAGGGCGCGGGCCCGCGCCUGCGCGAGAUGCUGAGCGAGUGGAUUAAUCGCACGAUCCGCCGCCUCACGGGCGAGGUCGUCUACCAGACGAACCCGGAGACGGGCCCGCCCGGAACGCACGGCCCGGCGUGCGGCUGCCCCGCGUGCCUCGAGGCGAUCGCCGCGGCCAAAGGGAUCGCGUGGAGCGCCGCGGAGUAG